AUGCAAAGGAUAAGCUCUGGAGACGACAAGUGGGAUCGAUCCCCAACAAAUGAAAAUUAUAAAUUGGGGUGUGCACAGCAGCAAGCAGCAGCAACGUAUCUCUUGCCUGGAAUCCGAGCCCCUUUACGACAGAGCCAGCUGCUGCUUAUAAUAUAUACAGGUAAAACUAGUGCUGCUGCAGCAGCAGCAGCAGCAGCAACAGCAGCAGCAGCAACAGCAGCAGCAGCAGCAGCAGCAACAGCAGCAGCAGCAGCAGCAACAGUAGCAGCAGUAGCAGCAGCAACAGUAGCAGCAGUAGCAGCAGCAACAGUAGCAGCAGCAGCAACAGCAACAGUAGCAGCAGUAGCAACAGCAACAGUAGCAACAGUAGCAGCAGCAAUAGAAGCAGCAGCAGCAGCAGUAGUAGUAAUAGUAGUAGUAGUAGUUAUAGUAGUAGUAGCAGCAGCAGCAGCAGCUGCUGCUGCUGCUGCUGCUGCUUUUGCUGCUGUAAUGGGGGUGGAGAUAAGCUGGGACGCGCCAGAAGAUACGGGGGGCCCCCCUAUAUCUUUUUAUCGGGUGUAUAGAGACGAUAGUUUCAUUGGUUCUGUUGCUGCUGCUGCUGCUCCUGCUGCUGCUGCUGCUGCUGCUGCUGCUCCUGCUGCUGCUGCUGCUGCUGCUGGGGGCCCCCUAACUUUUGUUGAUACGCAGCUGCAGCACGGAGAGACUUAUAAGUAUAACGUCGCUGCAUGCACCACACAUAUAGUAGAUGCUAAGCAGCAGCAGCUGCAGCAGCAGCAGCAGCAGCAGGAGCAGCAGCAGCAGGAGGAGGAGCAGCAGCAGCUGCAGCGGGAUGGAGAGAGGGAUUGCAGCAAUGGCAAUUGUGAUAGUUGCAGCAGCAGCAGCAGCAGCAGCAACAAUGACAGCAGCAGCAGCAGCUGCUGCAGCAGCAGUGAUAACAACAGCAGCAACAACGACAGCAGCAGCAGCUGCUGCAGCAGCAGUGACAAGAACAGCAGCAACAACGACAGCAGCAGCAACAACGACAGCAGCAGCAGCAGUAACAACGACAGCAGCAGCAGCAGCAACAACGACAGCAGCAGCAGCAGCAACAACGACAGCAGCAGCAGGCAGCGGGAUGGGGAGAGGGAUUGCAGCAAUGGCAAUUGUGAUAGUUGCAGCAGCAGCAGCAGCAGCAGCAGCAGCAGCAGCAGCAACAAUGACAGCAGCAGCAGCAGCUGCUGCAGCAGCAGUGACAACAACAGCAGCAACAACGACAGCAGCAGCAGCAACAACGACAGCAGCAGCAACAGCAACAACGACAGCAGCAGCAGCAGCAACAACGACAGCAGCAGCAGCAGCAACAACGACAGCAGCAGCAGCAGCUCAACAGCAUCAACAGCCGCAUCCCCUUCUUCUUCCUCUGCAACAGCAGCAGCAGCAGCAGCAGCAGCAGCAGCAGCAGCAUCUCCUGCUGCUGCUGCUGCUGUUGGGAUUUAA